UUUUCCAUUUAAAACAUCAUUAAAUGUUUUUUUGGGGGUUUUUUAUAAUUAAGAAAAAAGGAUAAAUGAGUUUUAUUAAACUGAGACACUUUCUAAUUGCUAAUGCUAAUGGUCAGAAUCUGCAACAGCAUCAUUUCUGCUGACAUUCCUGAAUCAGACUCUUCAGUCUUCCUCUCAACAUUGUGCAACUUUUACCGGAAAACCUUCUGAACUAAAUUCACUUUUUGAUGAUGACAACCGUUUGUUGCGAAAUGCAGGACUCCUGCCGUGGCUUCGGGUGUCCGAUUUCCAACACAGAGCGCUUCCUUUUGGGAUUAUAGAGGAAUGGAUUUUAUGUGAGUGAGUCUAAGAGGUGACUGUGUGAAAAGGUCCAGCCUGUUCCGAGCGACACAAACACACUUCACUUGUGCAUGACGUUUUCUUACCUCUUUUGGGUUCGUUUUUUGCUUAAUAACAUUUAAAAAAUGGCAUUAUUGUUGUUUAAAGUAUUAAAUUAUUCUAGUUUUGAAAAUUAUACCUGAGUUUCAUUCAAGUUUGGGCAUGUUCUGGCAGUAUUUUUGUUCUGCUUUUACAUUUCAUUUUCCUGCUGCUGAGAAUACUUGAGGUUUAUUUAAAGAACUUGUGAUUCUUUUUGUUUCUGACCUCAGUUGCUGUUUGAGUGAAUGUUGGAGGAAAGUUGAUUUCCUCAUUGAUCUGCAACAAAAGUGCUUGUCAUUGGACAUCUAGAUGUAGAAGGGGCUCCACACUUCUUGAUUUCUGUGUUUGUAAUCCUCCAACAAGGAGCCGACUGAAAACCACUCAUGUAUCGGAGUUAUACGGUUUAGUAUGUGUACAGUAUAUAUGUAAAGAUCGUCAUUACAGUACAAAGUCCAUAUUUUGUCAAAUAAAGUACAUCAAAUUUAUUUCAAGCUCACCAAACAGACUUUAUUUGUAAAAAGCUCAUUUUUGCUAACGAUGCUAACGUGGUGACUCCUAGCAUCUGUUAGCAUGCUACAGCGAGAGUGCAACCAUAUAAUUUCCCCAUUUGUUGCACAGAAUGUUAGUGCUAAUAUUUAUGUCAAACUGGUAACUAUCAACAUAUAAUGCAACUUUUACAUGUUUAAUUUGUAAAAUAUCUGUUAAAGUAACAUGCUAGUACCAUUCUAGGCUAACUCAAAGAUGCUAAUGCUAAGUUUAGUCAAAUCAGACUAUCACUUAUUAACUAUUUUUCACACUUUGCUAUCAUUACCCUGACAAAUAUUCACUUAAUAUCUAUAUUAUUUUCAAUGUUAAUCAAAUAUUGGUAUGAAUACACAUAAACUGAGUAUAUUUACAGUUUUGGUCAAAAGUUUACGUCCGCUCGUCAUGGUGUUGAUUGUUUUUCUAAUUAUUUGAUUAUUUAAUGCAACUUGAAAUAGGAGAGCAACACAAGAUUUCAUUUAUUGAGGAUUUUCUCUAAAUAAAUGUGUCCAUACUCCUUCACUCAUAUUUAAUUUGGUAAAAUGCAACUCAACCACUCUCUUUGUAGCUACAGACAAGCUAAUUCUGUCUGGAUAUAGGAAUACUCCUAUUGGCAAAUUUAGUGGAGUUACUUUAAUUUGAUUGGUUUAAUACCACAAACCUGGUCCACUUAUUUAUAAAAUGUUUCUGAAUAUUAUUGUUUUUUUCUGCUUCUGUUUUCUAAGCUUAAAGUUAGCCAGCUGCAUCCAUUCCAAAACCAGUUGGAUGGGUCUUUGGUAGCAACACCCAAUUCAGUCCAGGUUUUAUCCACUUAUUAGCUCUUGAUUUAAGGUAAAGUUGAAAAAAAUUUAGUUUUUCAACUAAAUUUUAUUUAGUUUAAAACUAAUUCUAUUCACUUUAUGCAAUUAACAAAGAACCAUUGGCAGCUCAACAUGAUGCUGAUGUUAAUUAAUAGCAAUCUAAAUCAGCUGUUUUGUUUUACAGAAGCUUGUUACAUAUAUGUAACAAGCAUGUUACAUAUGAUUGUUUACAUAUAUGUACAUAUAUGUAAACAAUCACCAACAUCUUUAUUAUUUUACCAACAUGUUUUCUUUGCAACUUAAUUGCUUAUUAAUCUAUUUAAUAGUAUAUAUUCUUUGGUUAAUCGCGUAACAUUGUACACUAUAUUAAAAAUAUGCCAACAGGGAUACAAUUCUGUUGAUUUUUCCUGUUAGCAGUGCAGAAAUCUUAACUUCCAGGUAGAAAACAGGUGUCGCUGAACUCCCUGCAACCUCAGAGAACAUACCUGAAAAGUGAGUUUCCUUUUGUUUACUUUUCUUUCUUGCCAAACUUGGUCAAUAGCAGCCAAAGCCACACAAUGGGAAUGACUGCAGUGAAACAUAAGACGUCAAUGAAGACUUUCUCACCAUAAAUGGAGUAAUGGUGUAAGGUUCACAAUUUUUUAUUUUCCAAAUAUACUGUAUUAACCAAUAAAAUUAGUGUAAGGACAGAGAUUUUUUGUUUUCGUUUUUCUGUCACUCGGUGACAACUGUUUUGAUAUAAUUUUCCUACCAACACUUUCUAAAAACCUGCCAAAUGUUGUGAAAAGCUCAUCUGGUUCCAUAAAGAAAGGAGUGAUGUCCAGCGGCAUCAUGUGGAGGACGAAUCGCCCUGUUUGGUUCUUGUUUCUGCCAGAGGUGGUUCUGUAUUUGCCAUUUUGUUCACCUGCUUCUGAAUUUCCUUGCUACACCUAUAACAUCCUCCUGAGUCUCAUCAUUGGCCAACAUGAUACAGUUCUUUAUCACUUAAUUCUACUAGUAAAUAUGGUUUUAUCAUUCAGAGUGACUGCUGUAAUUUCCCAUCUUUGUGUGUUGCUGUCCACUGACUUGUUUUCCGGUAAACUUGAAGAGCUAGCUACUUCCUGUUCUGUCAGCUUUCGGUUUGGCAUCUAAAGAUAUUGAAGAACUGUUGUGCUCUGUUACUAUGCAGAUGUGUGUGUUGUGAGUCAUUCACCCUUUCUUUUAGGAACCGUAAAUAACACAACUACUGGCAAGUCCAUUACGUGACCACGCCCACUUCCGGUUUGUUUCUCUUCCUCAGCUCUUUACGCUCUAAUUAGACCCACCUGGGUUCAUUUUAGUAAUAUUCUCGCUCCUCUGGUUGCUUCCCGGUGUAUCAAUAAAUAAGAUGGAGAACAGCCAAGUGGAAAACCGCAUUGGAGAAAUCGACGGCAUGGCUCACGUGGACUGUAAUCUGAACUCUGACAAAGAAAACAUGGAGGACACGGUGGAGUUCAGACUCAUGAUGGCUUACGCUCAGAGGCGGCGGCCAGCGAAAGUCAACACACCCAGAGAAAACGGCUCGGCUGCAGAACAAACGGUGACUCAGACGUCUGGAAAGACUGAAAACCAGGAGGAGGAGAAGAAGAAGAAGAAGAAAAAGAAGAAAAAGAAUAUAUUGAGGGACCUGAAAGUGAUUUUCCAGUGUGUUAAGCCUCAGACAGCGGAGCCAGAAUCGCCACAGGAUGAUAACCUCAACGACCCCAUGAACCGAAACUUUGUUCCUGAAGACAAAGACGAGGAGCAUCAUGCUGAAGAUCAGGAUGCGAUGAAGGAAGUGGCCGACCGGGUGAUCGGGAUCGCCAAUGAGUUUGAUUUCACUCCCGACAUCGAGUCUGAUGGUGAAGAUGAUGUGGAGAAGAUGGAAGAUGACUUGGAGAAGGCGAUUGGUCUGCUGCUGAGGGAACAAGGCGACGAGCUGAUCAAGAAGUUUCCCCAGGCGCACAUUGCUGCAGACCUUUUUUUAGACUACAGCUUCUUUGCGAGGCUUCUCGACACAUUUUUGAUCAGGAUCGGCUUCAGGAGACCGAACGCUGACGCCUUAGGACCUCAAGCAGCCAACAGAACCCAAAUCGCUGCCGCCUUAGAGAUAACGAGUCGUCUCGCCUCUGUGGAGGCGUUGCCCAAAGUCAAGUUAUAUAAACAUGGAGCUCGAUAUCUGCAGGAAUAUUAUUCAUCGUGGGCUCAGGCACAGGGCGGAUACGAGGCAGUGUUUCCUGAUGAAGAGGAAGUUGACUAAUUUGGAAGUUUAUUAUUCAUUACAAGAACAACAACAACAAAGAGAUGUUAAAAUGGUGCGAAGAAGAGAAUCACUCAGGACCUUCAUCGUUUACAAGGAGCAGUUUUCUCUCUGCUUGGACCAAAGUUUAUGAGGAAAUUAUUUUCACAUUAAUUUAAUGGAAAGCACUUAUUGUACAGACUACCAUCAACAAAAAUUAAUUUAUUUAAUUACAUAAAACAUUAUGUCUUGUUAACGCACCUGCACUUUUAUAAAAAAAAAAGAAUACUU